AUGUAUGUAUUCGACGACCGAAUGCACGAACGAGCAGUGUUCAGCUCUCAACGUUCCACCCACACUUUGAUGUUGAUACGAUCAGACUUUGCACAGUGUCAAAAGGAUGUCCCAGCACAAAGUAAGGUUCCGAGCGCACCCUCUCCGCCCCUUCGAUUACGCCCAGCGCCACCGCCGCUCUACCGCACCUUCCCCCCGACCCGAGUCUUCACCUCUCCCACCUCUCCCCAAACCGAUUACGAAUCCAUCUACCGCUCCUUCCUCUCCCCCCUCAACCUCUACCAUCCCAACCCCACCCACUAUGCCACCGUCACCUCACCGCGCGGUCACGAUCGCCUCUCCCCCCCCAGUACCCUCCUCUACCUCCGCAAACUCUCCAACGAUCCGUCCUACAUCUCGCCGCGCGCCGGCGAACCGCUCACCCCCAUCAUCUCGCGAAUGCACCUGCUCACCUCCUCCCUGCACCCUACCACUGCUGCCGAACAAAGAUCGUUCUUAGCCUUGUUCGAAGAUGUUUCGAGACAAGCGCGGUUCGAAGUGCAGAAUGCACUGCAUCCCGAAAACGUUUCUGCACAACACAAGGCUGCCGUGGAGAUGUUGAGGGCUAGGUAUGGGCAGAUGAUAGGGCUGCUCAAGAGCGAGAGUAACGUGGACAAGUUGACCGGCUUGUUGGAUGCGGACGAGGUGGCGAGGUUUUUGGAGGUGCACGAGUUGCUGGUUGCAGAAGAAAACUUGUUGGAGAUGGUGGGGAAGAGUUAUGCCGGAGCGUUCCCACGACUUUGA